AAAAAAAAAAAAAAGGAAAAAAGAGAAAAAGAUUUCCCAAGAAAAAAAAAAACAGUUUGCUCGCGGGAAUUAAAAACCCAAAGAUUCCCUUUUUUACGCCCUUUACUUCGACCUUUCUUACUUUUUACUUUUCUUUUUUCUCUCUCUCCCUCUCUUUUUCCUUUCUUAUUAUUUUGUGGAGUAAUACCAUUAUGUUAGGAUCAAACUUGACUACAUUCUCUUUGAAUGACAACCAUAUACAAAAGCAUCGUCGUAUGAAACGCAAGUUACUUGACUUUAUCACUAAACAUGAAGAAGCAAAAAGAGCUUUGGACCAAGCAAAUCAAAGAAUCAUACUUCUCGAAGCACGAAAUAGAGAACUGAAACGCCAACAAGCCUCAGCCCCUGAUACUGAUAGCAAUGAUGAAGAAGAUAUUCAAGAAAAACCUGAAAAACGCAAAAGUCGUUCUGUUAUCAAACGAAGACGUACGAUGGUGACUCUGGAAGAUAUACCACGCGAUGUUAAUGGCAAACCUAUAUUACCAGUGACAUUGGGACCCCUUAAAUUGAUUUCUUUGGGUAAGAUUAUUCAUGAUAAGCCUGCUUAUCAUUGUGCUCGUCAUAUUUAUCCGCUUGGAUACACCGUGGAACGCAUUUAUAUGAGUAUGGUGGACCCUGAUAGGCAAUCAACAUAUACCUGUAAGGUAGAAGAAGGUGAAGAUGAUGAACCAUUGUUUGUUGUUUAUGCAGAUGAUGAUCCAGAAAAUGUCAUGUAUGGAAAAACAGCAACAGCUUGUUGGACAAUGAUUGCAAGAGGAGCGAAUAAAGUACGACGAAAAUCAUGUAGAAACUCGAUAUCUGGACCUGAAUAUUAUGGACUUGCAAAUCAAGUUGUUAGACAUUUGAUUGAAGAAAUGGACCAUGUGGAUUUACUUGAAAAAUACAAGAAAUCACCUUUUUAGUUUAGUUAUAGUUUUAUAGUUUAGUGUAAUGAAAAUAAAAAUGAAAAAGGUUGUUAGUAUCCCCAGUUGAAUAGUAAUGUCUCCGAUUAAAAGAAUCAUAAAGAUGGUACUGGAACCAUGAGUUUGCAUGAAUUUAAAUGAGUACAAUAAAAAAAAAAGUUCUUCAUUCAUAAUAUGUUUAAAUAACAGCUUUAUAUAGUAAUGAUUAUUUAGAAUAAAACCCCCUUUAAUAAUAAUAAACAAAGAAA